AUUGUUUCAGCUUCUUAUCACACCGUAAACCUGGACGACGGUACUGGAACUGGGACCUCAAAGCUCCAGCUUACGCUCUCCAGGGGCGACCUGAACGCCCGUUUCGAGUGCAGGGUGGAAAGCCCGGCCCUGGACCAGCCAAUUAUCUCGUGGAUUAUGGUCGACAUUAACGUGAGACCGACAAGAGUAAGCUUAUCGGGGGUGAACAAUCAUGUCGUGCAGGGCACGAACGUGCUACUGUUUUGCGACGUGUUCGGCGCCAGGCCCGCGGCCACGGUACGCUGGUCUAACGAAUCCAUUCCCAUCACUAACGAAAGCCUCAUCGAGACCAGCUCCGAGUACAACAGGCGCGACGGAACGUUCACGACGAAAAGUUCAUUAACUUUUAAGGCGAGCCAAUGGGAAAAUGGAAGGAUAAUUCAUUGCUACGCAGAAAAUGAAGUGCUGAAGAGACGUAAAGAACCCGAAUUUCAUGAAUUACUUACCAUGGAAGUCAGAUAUCCUCCGGUGGUGUCGGUUUCCCCGCCGAACAUAACUCGCACCGAGAUGACCUCAUCGUCGGUCGGAAACGAGUUACUAUUGACCUGCACCUAUUUCGCCAAUCCGCAGGAGCUGAAAGGUGUCGUUUGGUCGAAAGACGGUAAAAAUAUGUCUUUGUCCGACCCCAACAAAUACUCGGGCGGAAACAUCGAAAACCCACCUCUGAUAAUAACAAACAUCACGCGAGAAGAUAUGGGACACUACACUUGCUUCCUCAUGAACGAAGUCGGGUCCGAACAAUCGCCCACCAGUAUAUUUUUAAAUGUCCAAUAUCCACCAGACGUGAAUGUAAUUAUGGAGCCUUCUUUGCCCAUUAAAUCAGUGGAGAGGAGCAACGUAAUGCUGUUGUGUAACGUUACAUCGGGAAAUCCAUCGUCCUUAUUAAAAGUUCGGUGGUUCCUGGACGGCGAUCUGAUGAAAGAGUUUCCGGAAUGUAACUAUACAUCAACGGACGAGAAUGGGGUGGGCGAAGGAAGCGGGGGUCCUUUCUGUGGCCUGGAUCCGAGCAUCCUUAGCCUGGAAAGGGUGGACGAGACAUUCGCAGGAAACUACACCUGUCAGGGUAAAAAUUUCGCAGGAUGGGGACCCCUCUCCGAGCCGCAGGAGUUAAUCGUGCAUUAUCCGCCAAGUCCGGCAAAACUGAAAUUCUAUCCGGAAAUUGUUAUUAAAGGUGCAUCUGUCACCUUGAUUUGUUCGGUGGAUCAUGAGGGAAGGCCCAACAACAUCACGUACAUUUGGCAUAGAGGUUCUCAUCAAAUGAGCGAAAUAACAAGUUCGAAUUUUACGAUACCGCAAGUGGGUUUGGAAACGAAAAACAACUUUACCUGCAUCGCACAAAACGAAGGAGGCCAAAGUGAACCGUCUACCAGAGAGAUAAAUGUAUUUGCUCCGCCGGCGUUCAUCCAGAAACUUCCUCCUUAUCAAGGUAUUUUAUAUUCGUCGCAGAACAUAAAUUUAACCUGUCGAGUCGAGUGUUCGCCUCUGUGUAGCAUUGUCUGGCUGAAGGACGGAAAACACUUGGAUACGAACAGCAAUCCGCUCUACUAUUUGUCCACGGUCUUGUACCCGCCUGAUUUGCAGAAAAACGACUUCGAAUCCAUCGAAUCCACUCUGGUGUGGAAUAUGACGGGUUGGCCCGGCAACAAACUCAACAAAACUUCAUACAACUCACACUAUACCUGUAAGAGUCAUGGCAAUCAGUACGGAAAUGGAGUCAAUUCUACCAUCGAGAUAGCAGUGGAUUAUCCGCCUGAAGAUUUAAUGCUCUCCACAAAAGUGGUAAACGUAAUCGAAAACCAAGUGCCAGAUCCAGUUAAAUGUUUCGGUAAAGGUCAUCCAGCCCUUACGUAUCAAUGGAAAAAGAAUAUUUCAUCAGAAGCCAUCCAAAAUGGCGAAGAACUGCGACUUGGGGCAAUGAAACGACAGGACACAGGAGCAUACCUUUGCGAAGCAAAAAACAAACAUGGAGUCGACACUGCUACAGUAUACUUUAACGUACAAUUUGCUCCAAGUUGUACCAUAAUAAUGACCGAAAAAGAUGGUAACUCAGCUUUGGUUUGCACAGCAAAAGCCAAUCCCCAAGAGAUUAUUUUCACGUGGAAGGUACGCGAAUUUAACGAUACAUCAGUAGAAUCUUCGAACACCAUUCACGAAGGACUCAGCAGCUACCUAAUUCUGGACUCAAGCGUGGACACAAUCAGGACUUACUUAUGCUAUGCCAACAAUAGUAUCGGAAUGAGUAAUCCUUGUGCUAUUGAUGUGGAUGGAUUCUUGCCAUGGUGGAAGAAAAUCAACUUGAUUGCCAUCAUCGCCUCAAUCAUCGUGCUGAUAUUGUGCGUCAUCGUUAUUUGCAUUGUUAUUAUUUGCUUGUGCAGAAGAAAGAGAGCCGAUACAAAAUACAAUAAUCCGCUGGAAAUGGAAGAGCGCGAAAAGUUCCUUUGCACACAGAGCCCGGACGUUCUGGGUCUUCCCCUGGUACCUUGCGGGCGCCUAACGUAUUUAGGGCACCAGGGCAACUACUACAACUAUAAACAAUCACCCAACCCAUCCUCUGUAGGAGAUAAGACGCGACUGGGGGCUGCUCCACCGGGUGGCGGUUCAGCAGACCCCUCGACUGAUCCGAACAACACAGCCGCCGCCGACAAAGGUUUCUACGAGAACCUUCCGUUCCACGGCAUGCAAAACCCGCCAAACAAAAACGCUUUUUAUACCCUAACAACGCCGCAUUUAAAACAAUUGAGUGCCGCCGUGCCCCCUCAAUACUCAGCAACAAUACCACAUCAAAAACGUUCAAAACUCUUGCCAAAAUCUUUAUUCCAAGAACAAUUACCAAAGAGCAAAUCGUUUUCGUCAAAGUCUAAGCAAAAGAAGCAUUUCCAAAUACCAUUGCAAAAGUGUCACAGUUUCAAGUUCCAAACGGCCGAAAGUUACUUUCAGCCGAUCAAAAACAUUCACGAGGAGAACUUGAUGCGCAACGGUUACAUUUCCGACUACCAGGAGCAUGGUAGUCACCAUGGACGUCCACACAAACGCGAAAAGCAAAAACAAAAGACCAAAGGCCCGCUGGUGCUACGAAGGCCCGGUGAUUAUCAGGAAAAUGUACAUUUUCAGGAGAACAUGCAAAACUCCGUGCAGCUUCAGUAUCCCCAGCCGUUGGUAGGCCGCAACAGCCAAACGCCCACUAACAAACCAAAUGGAGUCGUUUACGCGGACUUGGACAUGCCGAAGUCUUCGACCGGCAAAACGAGUUCGCACGACUCCGCUUCGACUAAACCAAAAAAAUCCCAAAAAUCCAAACCAAAGACUGAAUACGCAACGCUUAAGUUUAACGACAUCGGUCAAGAAAUUGAUGUUUAA